CUGAUGUUUUGGCACCUUUUCACAUCCGUGUCCCUGAAGUGAAGCCAAAGCUGGGGGAGCUGAGAGAAAGGAGAGGAAGAUGUGAACAUCCGAGCCAGCUCGCUGUAAUGCAGCUGCUCGCAGAUUAGCCGAGUCAGCAAGACACUCGGUGGGCCUGCUGAAUGAAAAGUAGUUGUCUAUCUGAUUGCCUGUCAUGUUUGUGUCUCUUCUGGUCCAGGAAGUGCACACUCUCGCCAGGACCAUGAGCGAUGAGCUGCCUCUACUGACCACCCUCACAGAGAACGCCACUGAUGUGCCAGUGGCAUCGGCCAGGCCAGAUAACUAUGUGCUGCUGUUGGUGAUGCUGUGUGUUUUCGCUGGAGGAACGUUGGUUCUGCUGUCUGCUCUCCUCAUCUUCUGCCAUCGCUGCUGUCAGAGUGGACGCCGUUACUCGAGGGCCAGCGAUGACUUGGAGAAAACCAACACCACAUAUGUGGAAGAGAGUCAACCUACUCAAGACAUCACCAUUAGGAUGGAAAGCACAGACACACUCUCCACCUCCAGCUGUCACGGCGAAGAGAACACAGAACGCUUCCAGUCCUCUGUGUACACAGGCCGGCGGGUCUCCUUCAACGAGACGGCCAUCUACGAGCAGAGCAAGAAGAACCAGGAGAAAGGCCGAAGGUAUACUCUUACAGAGGGUGAUUUCCAUCACUUGAAGAAGGCUCGUCUGACCCACUUGCACAUUGCGCCUCAAGCACUGAACAUCCUGACCAUCAUGGAGUGUGACUCACCUGAGAACAGCAUCAACCUGCAAGAACAUCGGCAGCACAAACCAUCCCUAUCCAUAUUUCAGCUUGGUGAGGGCACCCUGCCUGAAUCUCAAGUGCCCUGGAGUAGCCAGAGCCCAAGCUGUGCACUGCCUGGAGAUACACUAAACUCUAUUCUGGACACCAGCUUUAUUUCCAGCACUGCUGAAGGAAGCUCUGAACCACCUCGAUCAAGGACCAUUGAGGCAAUGGGAAGUGCUGGAUUAAAGAUGGAAGGCGACCCUGAAUCCUCCCAAGUAGCAGGAGCAUGUGGACCAUCUGGAGGAGGAGGAGGAGGAGGAGGAGGUGGCGCAUCUUCAGGGCAGGGCACCAUGCUGCACUUCCUGUCCCGACUCAGGCGGCACGCGAGUCUGGAGGGAGCCAGCCCCUAUUUCACCAUCAAAAAGUGGAAGCUAGACAGCAGUAACAGAGCAGCCAGUCUGGACAUGAGAGGUUCUCCGCGGAGGCGAGCAUUUCAAAGACAGAGAGCAGCAAGUGAGACUCUGGAACAGGGGGGGGAGGACUUCCAGCAGCCGGGAGCAGGUGGAGGAAGUGAUUUUUUGUUGCGUGUCAAACCCUCUCAGCCACAAGCUGACCCCCCAAGACGACUCUCUGCUGGCUCUUUGGAGUCGUCGACUACAGGCUGUCCACCCCCAACAGGCCCACUCAGGAGGUUAGAAGUAAAGGCUGUUUUGGAAGUAAAUCUAAGGGCUGAAGACAACAGGACUCAAACAGCCCACAAGUUACCAGAAUCCAUCGGGUCUCAAGCGGAGGAAGAAGUAGAGGAGAAUGGAGCUAAUGGAGGGAUUAUACUAGGAGCAGUAGGAGGAGAAGGAACUAGCGCUGAAGGAGCGUCUGAAUUUGGUUUAGUCAACAGACAGGAAAGCCUGGAGCAGCCCAACAUGUACCGGGACAUCUGGAGCCUACGAGCAUCACUGGAACAGUAUGCUUCCUCUGACCUGAGCAGCAAUGACAGAGACUCCACACGCAGUGAUGCUGACAGUGUCUGUUCAUUAGGGGGCCUUGGUGCCUCCAGAACAGGUAUACCCAGUUACCAAUCGCAAGACAUAGAUGAUGAGAUUGAUGGGGAUGGUGAGCUUCCGUAUGAUGAUGUGGUCAGAGAGGUUAGCGGCAGAAGGAAUGGCAGGGAGAGUGUGGAUUCAGAGAGAGGCAGUGACAGUGAGGCUGGAAGCAGGAAGCUUCUGCAAAUGGACAGCGGCUAUGCUUCCAUUGAAGCUCCAUGCAAAGCACCAGAGGAACUACGACUUUUUGGAAGCACGUCUGGUAAGACAGCAUCAGAACGGCGCCGGUUCUUUACAAAUGCUGGCCGCAAGGGGACGGUGUGUGAGAGUUUUGAGACUCGACUGUUCAAGGAGGAGCUGGAGGAUGAAGCUUCAGAAACCAGCAUUAGCACAGAGCCAGAGUGUCCCAGUACCAUAUCCCAGGGGGAACCGAGCGUCUCACUCAGAGACACACCAGAAGUGCAGGCAGAAACCAAACCCAGGCCGCGCUUUCGUCGCAGAGACUACAGCAUCGAUGAGAAGACCGAGGCCCUGUUUAAUGAAUUCUUGCGUCAUGAUCCACAGUUCGACCAGCAGGGUUCACCUUCUCUACGGCACAGACAUCGCUCACGGAUCCACCUGCGCAAGCAGUGGCAACGCACCAAGCAGUACAGUGAUCCCGGAGCUGCUCGCUACUCACCAUCCCUGGAGAGACAGCGCAGUUACGCACUGCGGAGAGGAGACAGCGCCAACUACCCAUUGGACACACGGUACCACAGCACCCUACCACGCAUUGCUAGUGCUGCAGAUGAGGAGGCCAGUGAGGGAGCAGCCAGUGAAGGCACUGAAUCACCCAAAACACAGGGCUCUGGUCCAGCUCCUGAAGAUAACUCCAAUAACAGCAGUAACAACAGUAGUCCUGUGGUAAAGUUACAGGAGGAUUGUCCCACCUUGCUGUUUUCCACCCCCUCAAUAGACAGCACCAUGGUGGACUCUGGGAUACUGAAGGAUUGUGGGAGUGCUGGGCAUCCCACAGAGACACAUAGAUGGUCGGUUAUGGACCCCAAUUCUGUAAAGACAAGUAACAGCCAAUGGAACACAGGCAUUCACAUUCCAGAGAACAGAUAUAACAUGGAUAAGGACCCUAUGGACAAAGGCUACAUGCAUAGUGUACUGGCACCCAGUCCAUCAGAUAAACUGGUGAGCAAUAUAGAUGAACGACUAUACACCAGCCUGAGGAGGACUCAAGGCAGUCAGGAAUGCAUGGUGAGUGUGACCCGCACCUCCCCAGACCGCAGCCAGGACUAA